AUGCCCACGCAAGUUCCUGGGCUGUAUCCAUGCUGUGGAAUGUUCCCUGAGCACUCUGGGGGAGCUGUGCUCCAGCUUCUAAAACCACAUCACGCCCCUUUCUAUGCCUCCACAGUCCCUGGGAGGGAAAAAAUUGGUUCUGCCUUCUGUGUUCUGCUCCAUGUGGACAAUAAAGGCAAUGUCUCCUACAAACUCUCUUCUUUCCACUCAGUCACCAACUUGGGGCAGAUCUUCAAUGUCUCAUGCCUUCUUGGUCUCCCUGUCUCAACUCUAUCCCCACUGGAAUGCAUCCUCUUCUCAACCGCCAAAAUACGCUGCUUCACCACUUCAAUGACCAGACCAUUUGCCAAACUCGUCAGGCCUCCAAUUCAAUUGUAUGGGCUAGAAGGUCGAUAUGCCACUGCUCUUUAUUCUGCUGCAUCCAAGCAGAAUAAUCUGGAUGCUGUUGAAAAGGAGUUAAUAAGAGUAACAAAACUUUUGAAGGAACCCAAAACAGUUGCCUCUUUUAUGAAUCCCUAUAUCAAGCAUACCAUUAAGAUGGCAGACCUAAAUGACUUAACAGCAAAAGAAAAGUUUUCCCCCAUCACAACCAACUUCAUGAAAUUGUUUGCUGAAAACGGUCAUUUAAACAACACCCCAAGAAUUAUUUCAGCAUUUUCUACUAUAAUGAGUGUGCAUCAUGGAGAAUUACCAUGUUCAGUUACUACUGCAUCUGCUUUAGAUAGCUCAACUCUUUCAGAAUUAGAAGCAGUCCUGAAUAACUUCCUACAUAAAGGUCAAGUCCUGAAAAUGGAAGCCAACACUUAUCCUUCAAUCUUGGAAGGAAUGAUUGUUCGUAUAGGAGAGAAAUAUGUGGAUAUGUCCACAAGAACCAAGAUCCAGAAGCUAAACAGGAUUAUGAGGGAAUCUGUUUAAAAGUAAUGU